UCAAUUGCGCAGAACCAAACACUGCCUAAAGGUCUGUCCUUCAAAGUUAAAACCCUAAUCAGCUGAGUCAGUGAAACCCUAGAGGCAGAGGGAGAGAGAUGGGGAAGGUGAAGGGAAAGCAUCGCUUGGACAAAUACUACUACCUAGCCAAAGAGCACGGCUACAGAUCUCGAGCUGCAUGGAAGCUGGUUCAGCUCGACUCGAAGUACACCUUCCUCCGCUCCUCCCGCGGUGUCCUCGACCUCUGCGCCGCCCCCGGCGGCUGGAUGCAGGUUGCCGUCGAACGUGUCCCCGUCGGCAGCCUCGUAAUCGGCGUCGAUCUCGUCCCUAUCCGCCCCCUGCGCGGCGCUGUCUCCGUCGAAGAAGACAUCACCAAGCCCCAGUGCCGCGUCGCCAUCAAGAAACUUAUGGCGCAGCAUGGUUGCCGAGCGUUCGACUUGGUGUUGCACGAUGGCUCGCCUAAUAUCGGUGGUGCUUGGGCCCAGGAGGCCACCACUCAGAAUGCUUUGGUCAUCGAUUCUGUGAAGCUCGCUACUGAAUUCUUAGCGCCCAAAGGAACAUUCGUUACCAAAGUUUUCAGGUCUCAAGACUACAGCGCUGUUCUUUACUGCCUUAGACAGUUGUUUGAGAAGGUUGAGGUGGAUAAACCAGCCGCCAGUCGUUCAGCAUCUGCUGAGAUAUAUAUUCUAGGUAUCAAGUACAAGGCUCCUGCAAAGAUUGAUCCCCGGCUUCUUGAUGUAAAACACUUAUUCCAGGGAGGCCAAGAACCACCAAAGGUUGUUGACGUACUUAGAGGAACAAAGCAGAAGAGACACCGGGAUGGGUAUGAAGAAGGAGCAACUGUUCUGAGAAAGGUUUGUUCUGCAGCAGAUUUUGUUUGGUCAGAUGCUCCCCUUGACAUCCUUGGUUCAGUGACAACUAUCACCUUCGAGGAUCCUACUUGUUUGCCUAUAAAGGAUCAUAGUUUGACAACAGAGGAGGUUAAAGCUCUUUGUGAGGAUUUGCAUGUCUUAGGAAAGCAAGACUUCAAGCAUCUUUUGAAAUGGCGAAUGAGUAUAAGAAAGGCAUUGUCCCCUUCACAUAAAGCUACUCCUACAACCACAGAUGUUGAACAUGAGAAUAAGGAUGGUGAUGAUGAAGAUGAGAAAAUGCUGAAUGAGAUGGAGGAGCUGUCCUAUGCUAUGGAUCGUAAGAACAAACGAGCAAAGAAACUUAUUGCAAAAAGACAAGCUAAGGACAAAGCAAGAAAGGCAUUGGGGAUGCAAGUGGAUGCAAUAGAGGAUAGUUAUAAUGAUCAUGAGUUGUUUUCUCUUUCUUCUAUCAAGGGGAAGAAAGAUUUAGUAGCUGUUGAUACUGCUGAAUAUGAUGACGAAGCUGCUGAUGUGGCAGAUAGUGAAAAUGAAGAAAACCAUGAGGAACAGCAGGAAUCUUCAUCUAGUGAUGUGGAUUCUGAUGAAGAACACAGAAGGUACCAUGAGCAGAUGGAGGAGAUCCUCGAAGAGGCUUAUGAACAGUAUGUGGCAAAAAAAGAAGGAAGUACUAUGCAGAGAAAGCGCUCAAAACAGAAACAUUCCAAGGAUAGUGAACUUUUUGAGGAUGGUGAUGAUAAUAAUAUGAUUGAAUCUGAUGAAAAUUCAGACAAUGACCGUGGAGAUAAUGAAGCAAACCCUCUUGUGGUGCCGCUUGUGGAGGAAGUGCCUACACAAGAGGAGAUUGCAAGGAAGUGGUUUAGUUUAGAUGUGUUUGACAACGCAGAUGAGCAGGGGAAUAAGGAUGAGUCUGAUAGUGAAGAUGAAAUGCAAGUGGAUGGAGUAAGGAAGCAACUUUCACACCCUAAAGAUACACAGAAAAGUGACGUUUUGAUGGCUGAACCAAAAGUGCCACCGUCCGUGCCUGCAAAGACCAGGGAAAAGAAAGUACGAGAAGUGAAGGACUCUACAAAUGAAGAUGAUUUUGAGAUAGUUCCAGCCCCAGGAACAGAUUCAAGUGAUGAUUCAUCAUCAUCUGAUGAUGAAUCAGAGGAUGAAGAUGUAGAUACAAAAGCUGAGAUAUUGGCUUAUGCAAAGAAAAUGUUGAGGAAGAAGCAGAGGGAACAAAUACUAGAUGAUGCCUACAACAAGUACAUGUUUCACGAUGAAGGAUUGCCUAUGUGGUUUCUGGAUGAAGAAAAGAGGCACCGGCAGCCUGUUAAGCCUGUUACUAAAGAGGAGAUUGCUGCAAUGAGAGCACAAUUCAAAGAAAUUAAUACCCGACCAGCUAAGAAGGUUGCUGAAGCUAAGGCCCGGAAGAAGCGGAUUGCCAUGAAGAAACUAGAACAGGUUCGGAAGAAGGCCAACUCCAUAUCAGACCAGGCAGACAUCUCUGAUCGUUCAAAGAGAAAGAUGAUCGAUCAACUCUAUAAGAAGGCGGCACCGAAGAAGCCUCAGAAGGAAUAUGUGGUGGCAAAGAAAGGAGUCCAAGUCAAGACUGGCAAGGGGAAAGUCCUUGUUGAUAGAAGAAUGAAGAAGGAUGCAAGGUCACAUGGAAUGAGCAAGAAAGGUAAAACUGGUUCAAAGGGUGCCAAGGGUCAGAAGAAAGGUAAAGGGCCGGGAAAGGCCACAUCAAAAGGGCAAAAAGGUAACAAAGGCAGGAGGAUGAGCAACCGUGACUGAGCUAUACUGCAGUCGAUGAAGGUGAAGGGUGCUGAAGGGCCUGCAAAAAAGCUUUGGGGAAUGGUGAAAUUGCUGGAGGUUUAAGCUUGGAAGGCACCAGUCUUUCGACUCUUUCCGUCUGAUUUCCACUCGAUUGUGAGUUUAUUGCUAGUUUUUGUUAACUUUUGAGUUAUCUACACAUGAUUCAGUAGAAGAUAUUUUGCUCCAUUUUUUCCCCUUUCAAAUCUCCGAGUCUCGGACCCAUCGGGUGCAAUGGAGUUCGAUUUUAGACGUGGUCAUCACACAUUAAAUUGUGUACUGCAGUCCAUUUUUUUGGUUUAUUUUUGCUAUGUUGAUUUCACAUUUACUACAUAAACUUCUCAUAUAUUAACAAAUUAGAGGACCCCUGUAGGUCAACCAUUUCAAGAUACAAGCAGCUAAGCUGUAAUGGAGACUGGGGUUGCUUCUGUUGUGAGGUCUAAAUAUUUAUUUAGCUUUUAAUCGAGCUAUUGGUUUUUACUA